AUGAAAGGCUUCAUUUGCUUUUAUGCUCUGAUUCUGGUCAGCUUGACCAUUGUCAUGGCUGGAUUUGAUGGCACACCCUCUAAAGUACCUUUUAGAUGGAAUUUGAAUCAAACUCCUUCGCCGGAAGAAGGUUCACAUGACCUCUUGCCUAGCAGCACCCAAGAAAGACAAGAGGACAUGAGUCAACAUCCACAAGUGCAUCUACCUGUUAAUUCAAAUGGUGCUGUUGUUGACUGCCCAAUUCAUAGUCCUACCUGUAUUCAUUGGAAAACGUUGAGCGAUGCAGAGAAACGAAAAAGCCAAAGACAAAGAUUUGAGCAACAAUUCCCUGAAAAAGCAGCAGAAAAGAGAGCAAAGAAGCGAAAAGCGUACAGUGAAAUGCCAAAAGACAAGAAAGAGAGAUUCGUCCAACAGAUUUGUGAAUACAAAAAGCGUAAACUGAGAAAUGCAACUGAAUCAGAAAAGAGUCAGAUUAGACGUGAAAAGGCAGAUAAGGCAAGGAUAUACGAAAGAAAUCGUAGGAUUGACCCGAUCUCACAGCUCACAAUGACGGCUGCAGAUCUUGAACUUUAUCGACAAAAAAGACGCUUAUCAGGUGCGAAGGCGAGGAAGGAAAAGCUUGACAAAAAGAUGAAAGAAAAUCCUUCAUCGGGGCAGAAGUGA